AUGCUCAUUUCCACGGAAAAUGCUCCCUUGAUUCUCCUGGGCCUCGCUGCCGCCUACUUCCUGGUUCCUUAUUUGCAGCGGUCGCGGCUACGGGACAUCCCGGCCCCCGGUCUAGCUGCUUUCACCAACCUGUGGCUGCUGGUGCAGGCCCGCCAGGGUAAGCGCUACUUGUCGGUCGACGCAGCUCACAAGAAGUAUGGCAAGCUUGUGCGUAUUGCUCCUCGCCAUGUCUCGAUCGCCAACGAUGAGGCCAUCACAAGCAUCUACGGACACGGCAAUGGCUUCCUGAAGGCUGACUUCUAUGAUGCGUUCGUCUCCAUCCGCCGUGGUCUCUUCAACACGCGCGACCGUGCCGAGCACACCCGCAAACGCAAGACGGUCUCGCACACAUUCAGCGCCAAGUCCGUUGGCCAGUUCGAGCAGUACAUUCACGGCAACAUUGAGAUGUUCGUCAAGCAAUGGAACAAGGUGGCCGAUCUCCAGGCCAACCCCAAGACCGGUUAUGCCAGCUUUGAUGCCCUUAACUGGUUCAACUACCUAGCCUUCGAUAUCAUCGGUGAUCUGGCCUUCGGUGCUCCGUUCGGCAUGCUCGAGAAGGGCCAAGACAUUGCGGAGGUGCGCUUGCACCCCAAUGAUCCGCCCAAGUACGUCCAGGCUGUCGAGGUUCUUAACCGUCGCGGUGAGGUCUCCGCCACCCUGGGCUGCAUGCCCUCUUUGAUUCCCUUCGCCAAGUACCUUCCCGACAAGUUCUUCACUGAGGGUUUGCAAGCCGUCCAAAAUCUUGCUGGUAUCGCUAUCGCUCGUGUCAACGGCCGCCUGAAGCCCGAGAUCAUGGCCAACAACACCCGUGUCGACCUUCUAGCCCGCCUGAUGGAGGGCAAGGACCAGACUGGGAACAGCCUGGGCCGCGAGGAACUGACCGCCGAGGCGCUCACCCAACUGAUAGCUGGCUCCGAUACUACCUCCAACACUGCCUGCGCCAUUCUGUACUGGUGCCAGCGCACCCCCGGGGUGGUCGAGAAGCUGCACAAGGCCUUGGACGAAGCUAUCCCCAAGGACAUCGACGUCCCCACUCACGCUAUGGUCAAGGACAUCAACUACCUCCAGUGGGUCAUCUGGGAGACCAUGCGUAUUCACUCUACUUCCGCCAUGGGCCUGCCCCGAGAGGUCCCUGCAGGGGCUGAUCCCAUCGUCAUCUCCGGCCACACCUUCGGCCCCGGUGAUGUCCUCUCUGUGCCUAGCUACACCAUCCACCGCUCCAAGGAGAUCUGGGGCCCCGAUGCCGAGCAGUUUGUCCCCGAGCGCUGGAGCGAGGAGCGCCUCACUGCCCGUCAGAAGGCCGCCUUCAUCCCCUUCAGCCACGGCCCCCGUGCCUGUGUCGGCCGUAACGUUGCCGAGAUGGAACUACUCGUCAUCGGCGCUACUAUAUUCCGACUCUUCGAGUUCCAGAUCGAACAGGAUGGUCCUAUGGAGACUCGUGAGGGAUUCCUGCGCAAGCCGCUUGCUCUUCAAGUUGGCAUGCGCCGUCGCACUCCCCAGUAA